CCCGCGGCCGUGGCGGCCCCCCCUAUGGUGCGCGCCGAGGAUGGCGGAGAGACGGCGCAGUGAGGAAGACGAUGACUUUCAAUAUAUGGAUCAUGACUAUGAAGUACCACAGCAAAAAGGUUUGAAGAAGAUAUGUAGCAAGGUGAAAUGGACCCGUGAAGAGGAUGAAAGGCUAAAGAAGCUGGUGGAACAAAAUGGUACAGAUGAUUGGGCUUUCAUUGCUAGUCAUCUACAAAAUCGUUCAGAUUUUCAGUGCCAGCAUCGGUGGCAGAAGGUACUAAACCCAGAAUUGAUUAAAGGUCCCUGGACUAAAGAAGAAGAUCAGAGGGUUAUUGAAUUAGUUCAGAAGUAUGGUCCAAAGCGCUGGUCUCUAAUUGCAAAACACCUGAAAGGAAGAAUAGGCAAGCAAUGCAGAGAAAGAUGGCAUAACCAUCUCAAUCCUGAGGUAAAAAAGUCUUCAUGGACAGAAGAAGAGGACAGAAUAAUCUAUGAAGCUCACAAGCGUUUGGGAAACCGAUGGGCUGAAAUAGCAAAACUGCUUCCUGGAAGGACUGAUAAUUCGAUUAAAAAUCACUGGAAUUCAACAAUGCGAAGAAAGGUGGAACAGGAAGGAUAUUUGCAAAGUGUUAUAAAGUCUGAAAGUGCUAGUUCUGCUGAACUUCAGCCCCAGCCUUGUCUGACUAUGGAACACUUGCACACUCAGAAUCAAUUUUAUGUGCCUGUUCAGACACAUAUUCCAGCAUAUCAGUAUGCCUCACCAGAAGGCAGCUGUCUAGAACAUGCUCCAUCUUCUUCCAACAUAGUUCAGCAGCCAUUUAUUGAUGAUGAUCCUGAUAAAGAAAAGAAAAUAAAGGAACUUGAAUUGCUACUUAUGUCAGCAGAGAAUGAAAUCAGAAGAAAACAAAUGUCUUCUCAAGCUGGAAGCUUGUCUUGUUGGUCUGGAAAUUUUAUCAUGGAGGAUUGUAUGCCUAAUACACUAAGUAGCCUUGAGGAACAAACAAGUAAUUUCUACAGCAUGGAUGAGACCCGCAUCACACCUGUUCAGCAGAAUUCACCACCUAAGUACUUGGGUGUAGAAGCAAAUAGAAUGUUAACACCUCUACAGACCAUUCCAGAAUUUGCAGAGGCACUAGAUCUUAUGGAAAUUGAUCCGGUGGCAUGGAGCGAUACGUGCUUUGAGCUCUCCGAGGCCGUUGUGUCCCCUGUCAAGCCGGCCCCAGUGAAACUGAUGCGGCUCCAGCACAGCGACGGGGCUGCCGAGUGCCAGUACAACGUGGGCGUGAUGCUCGAUGGCAAAAACCACAGCAACAUCAGCGGGGACGAGGAAACCGUUUUUUCAUCAACCUCAAACUUAAGCAAGUUCAGCAAUCCACCUGCUAUCCUGAGAAAGAAGAAGAGAUUGCGUGCUGGGCAGUCCCCGGUUCCUGAGCUGAACGACGGCUUGUGCAACGAUGCCGUCAAUGUGGCACUGAAGCGCACGCCAGUGAAAACACUACCGUUCUCUCCAUCACAGUUUUUCAACACUUGUUCUGGAAAUGAACAAUUUAACUUUGAAAAUCCUGCAUUUACAUCAACUCCAAUCUGUGGGCAGAAAGUUCUUAUUACGACUCCUUUACACAAGGAAAUGACACCACAAGAUCAAAAGGAAAAUGUGGGUUUUAGAAGUCCCACAAUGAGAAGAUCUCUUUUGGGUUCAACACCAAGGACACCAACUCCUUUUAAGAAUGCUUUGGCUGCUCAGGAAAAAAAGUAUGGUCCCCUCAGACUUAUGUCACAACCACUUGCCUUCUCGGAGGAAGACAUUAGGGAAGUUUUGAAAGAGGAAACUGGAACAGAUAUAUUUCCCAAGGAGGAAGAUGACGCUUUGUAUAAAAACUGCAAGCAGGAGCACAACUUUUCUAAAAAAGUCAGAAAAUCACUGGUCCUAGAUCCACAGGAUAAAGAAGAGGUUGGGGCCCAGCAUUUGACAGAAGAUAAUAGUUUAGAUGUACAGUCAAAAAAUGCAUACACCACAUCUUUAUUAAUGACACCAUUGUUGGAAAUACAGGACAACAGAUGUAACCUGACAUCAGAAAAACAGGAUACAAAUCCAGCAAACAAAGCAAAUGCAGUAAUUAAGAAGAAACUGAAUACAUGUGCUACAAAAAAUGUCAAAAUGGAGAAAACUCUUCAGCCAAGUCGUGACUGGGAGGCAGUUGUUUAUGGAAAAACAGAAGACCAGCUUAUCAUGACUGAACAAGCAAGAAGGUAUCUGAGCACAUACACAGCUACCAACAGCAAUUCAAGGUCUCUGAUACUGUGAUGGUCACUGCAACUGACAGCCAUCUCUUUCCAUUGAAACUGAAACAAUGUUGAAGGCCAUUCCCGUGCCAUACUUGGGAAUUGAGUCUUUGAGAGAGUCUGCCAAGGGAAACCUUAAAGCUACCUUAAAGCUUCCUUUCUUCUUCUGACUGACAAAGAACAGACACGAAGCUCUUGCAUUCUUUACGAAGGGAUACCGCAAACAGUUCUGCAAUGAAUUUUUUAGAUAUUAAAAGAGUAACCCCCUAAAAUAUAAAGAA